AUGAGGGCACACCAUAAUCGUUCCGUGAGUCAAAAAACAAGCGGGCGUCAUGCUCAAACAAGGCUGAACAACAAUCCUAAUGAACAGAAUGGUGAUAACGAUCAGCUCGGAGAUGAAAGAUUAUUACAUUUAAUCGCUAAGGGCCUCGGUCAGCAAUGUGUUGCUACGGUCUCCUCUGGUGCGAAAUAUCAAGGAUUGUUAGUGAACGGAGAUAUAGCAUCUUCUGGUAAAUCUCAACUUUCUGUGGUCUUAAGAAACCCGACGUCUUUUGGAAAGGGAUUGCUCAAUGAAACGAGUAACGUAGACAAUGAUCUUCCUGAAACAAUGAUCAUUGAAGCUAAGGAUUUAGUUGAACUAGAACUCAACGAUCUAGAUGCCGGCGAAUCAUUCAAAAAGCUUCCUUCGGCUGCUACAAUUACUUCCCAAACGAGUAGUGACUCAAAGUUUAAAACAGAUACCGAUAUAUCUGGAAAAACUCAAAUCAAGCAAAGAGAGCUCAAAAGAUGGGUCCCCGACGAAACUGACAACGAUAUAACCUUUUCUCUCGAGGACGAUAACACAGGAAAUUGGGACCAAUUCAAAGCUAAUGAGGAGAGAUUUGGCGUUGACUCAACUUAUGAUGAGCACUUGUAUACAACUAGAAUUGAUAAAUCAGCUCCCGAUUAUCAGCAGAAAUUGGAGCGUGCCGAAAGAUUAGCUAAGGAAAUAGAGGGCCUGGUCUCGAAUGAUCGCCACGUCUUGGAAGAGCGAGGGUUGCAAAUAGAUGAUAGUGGGCUUGAUGAAGAGGAUAAAUAUUCUGGAGUUGAUAGAAGGGGUGACGAAUUAAUGGCAGCACUAAGAAGCUCUAGCAUUUCGAAAGAUUCUGCUUCCUUACUUAAGGGUCCAGGUAAAUAUGUACCUCCAAGACAGAGAGCAGCGCAUUAUCACAAUGACCCAGCAAUAAUUUCUAGUUCUGCGGCAGACAAUACAUCUAAAAAAGGUGAUCCUAAAAUAAAUGUGAGCAAAUCUGAACAUAACAAAAACCAAUUGGGUACAUCUAAACCGGAUUCUAUACCUCCUAAGCCUCCUGUGGCUGGUCAGCAAAUGGAGUCAUUUAGACUAAAUGCUCAGAGUGAAAUUAACUCUUUACGUGAGUUCAGUGCAAAUUUUAAGAUCCCUCAUAAAAUGCCUACAGAUCUCUUGCCAAUUUUAACGAAGGAUAAAAUUAAGCAAGAUGAAAUCUUAAAGAAACAGGAGAUCGAGAAGGCUUUGAAACAACAGGAGAAUCAGAAAAGUCAAGCUGCUAGAAAAAAGUUGGAUCCAAGCAAGCCUGCUUUCAAGUUGAACCCGAAAGCAGCAGCUUUUACCCCUUCGAGCAAACAAACUCAAAUUUUGCCCAAUCCUCCUAAGUAUAUAAGGUCACCGAAUAACCAAGCAUCCAGGUUGAAUAAUCUUAGGCCAUAUUCUAGUGGCUUUUCAAUUGGAAAUAAUACCGGUGGAAACUCCAAAAGACACCACCAAAUUUCCGCAUCUGAGUUCUUCGGAGGAACUGACAAAGUUCCCACUGAGGAGGGACAGAAAGAGAAGACUAACGAUUUUAAAUUUGCAUUUAAUUUAUUCGUGACAGCCAGAAAGAUCCUGGAUGAGAAGAAUGUACCUCUUGUAUUUGAGAAGACAUUUCAAACCCCACCUACUUGGGACUAUACUAUCGAUGAAACGUAUGACCAGUUAUUCCCGUUUACUCUGAACAAAGGAGUUGGAAUUAGUAUGUCUACAUCUCCCUUCAUACAGAGCCCUUUGACAGGAACUCCCAACAUUCAAAGUGGCUAUCCUACACCUAAUGGAAGUAAGUAUCCUUUAUCACCUCAACAGCAGCAAGCUGCUGCGGCUAUGGCUGCCCACUUUCAACAACAACAACAGCAACAGUUUCAUGCAGCGAUGAUGUAUCAACAACAAUUCGGAGGAAGUGGACCCAUGGGUCAGCCACCUAUCCCCAUGUAUGCUGCCGGAGAUUCUGCCUUUUUGCCACCGACUAGUUUCAUACCUCCUCCAGGAAGUUUUGGAAGCUCGGCAGGAAGCCCUGUGAAUGGAAAUUUAGUAAUGGGAGGAACAUCACCUCAUUAUGCUGGACAGAAUUCUCAUUCUAGUUAUAAUAAUCAUCUUUACCAUGGAAACAGAAGAUAUAACGGUCAUCAUAACCAAAACCAACCCAACCCGACAAAUAACAAUAAAAGAGGUGGCAACUCUUGA